AUGACUUUUACUCGUUUUGUUUCAAUUGGCCGUGUGGUGCUUAUUAACUACGGCCCAGAUGCUGGCAAAAUUGCUACAAUUAUUGACGUAGUGGAUGAGAACAAGGCUUUGAUUGAUGGUCCUUUUAGUGUUACAGGCGUGAAUCGUCAUGUGAUUAGCUUUAAGCGGUUGUCACUUACGGACUUGACAGUGGACAUUCCUCUUCAAGCACGUGAAAAGACAUUGAAGAAAGCGCUGGCAAAGGCCGAGACACUUGCCAAGUGGGAGAAAUCAACGUGGGCGAAGAAGCUGCAGAACAAGAAGACGCGUGCUGAGCUAAACGACUUUGAUCGUUUCAAGGCGAUGAUUGCUCGUAAGCAGAAGAGCUCGUUGAUCAAGAAGGCCGUUGCUGCUGCCCGCAAGAACUAA